AUGUCUACCAAGCUGUUAUUCUGCAAAGCUAAAACCUUCAUUCAUCCUACUAAGCAGGCUGGUGACAAUGUUUCAGGGUUUCUAAUCAUUACAAGUAAGGAUGAUCUUUCCAAGCAAGAAUCAGUUUUGACGUGGAUUCCUGAAAGUGGAUUGAACAGGAAGCAGGCGAACUUUCUUAAUGCUGCAGAUGUAAGAUUCGGUGGUAGUGAAGGAAAUCUGGGCUCUUCCAAAAUGGACUCUUCCAUACUGAUUGAGGCGGUGGGGAUGCCAUGGUCAUUUUCAAUUACACUACGUUGCCUAUACUCGCUAGAGUUCAGACAACCAAGUCCAAAUGGCUGGUGGCAUGGAUCCAUAAUUCUGCAUUCCCGGUCACCUGAAGAGGAUGAUACCAUGCCGGUGCUAUUUUUUCAUGACGAUAUAUGCCCUUCGAGCAAAGAAAGAACCAAAAGACUAAAUAAGAGUUUUACUCCUUUCUCAGACUCUGGUGAAAUUUACUGGGGUGGAAUCGACUUCAGAAAUGCUAUUAGAAAAUUAGUUGAUUUGCAGAAAACGCAUGUUGAGCCGACAAUGUGGCUUGUUAAUGCUACCUUGGAUGAUUUGAGAAACUUUUCACCCCAGCAGCUAGAAAAGAAGGUGAAUUUGUCGAGGGAUGAGUUAGAUAAGAGUAAAUCAUCUUGGUGGGAUAGGCUAGAAUCUGCUAAGUGGGGUGUAAUGUCCGCUAUCGCAGAUGCAACAUCUAAAACUGGAACCUUUGUUGGAGGCUUGGUUAAACAGCAUCCAUUGGUUAAGCUUGCUGAACGGAAUAGUGAUAAUCCAUAUGUUAGAAAAAUGUUGGAAAAUCCAAGAGUUCAGGAGGUUCAGGAUGACUUUGAUUCUGCAAGGGUUUAUCUUGCCAAAUGGGCCCUAGGAGUAAAGCAGCAAGCUGAUAUGUACCAGAAAAAUCAUGAAAUUGAUAGUUUUUAUCGUAAGCUACUUAUCACUGAACUUAAUUUCGAUAGCAAGUCGGAUGUCCAAUUCACUGAAGAAGAAUUGAGCACAGCGUUGGAAAGGAAAUUUCCUGUCACUCAACAGAAAUGGGAAUCGUUUUUUGACUCACAGGGCAGGUUGUCGCUGACUGUAAAUGAAGUCAAGGAUUUCAUUUUUCAUGGCGGAGUACAGGACUUUGAUACACGAAAAGAAGUUUGGCUAUUUUUGCUAAAUGUUUAUCCAUGGGAUUCUUCGGCAGAUGAGCGAAUACAACUUACAUCUUUGAAAGAUUCUUACGAAAACGACUAUAAAAACAAAUGGUUGACUCGAGUGGAGCACGAAGACCCAUUUGAAGAAGAGUAUUGGCGUGACCAGCUGUGUAGGAUAGAAAAAGACGUCAGGAGAAACGAUCGUGACUUACCACUUUAUCAGUUCAAUACUGUAGAUGGAAGGUGCCCAGACCCUCAAGGAAAUCUACCCGAAACAGAUGAGAAUGGAGAUGAACAUUGUAUGGAAUUAAAGAAUCCACAUCUAUUGGCACUAAGAAAUAUCUUAGUUUGUUACAACCUUUAUAAUCCGGAUCUUGGUUACGUGCAGGGCAUGGCUGACUUAUUAUCUCCCAUUUACUAUAUCGUGAGAGAUGAAGCUUUAUCAUUCUGGUGUUUUGUAAAUUUUAUGGACCGAAUGGAGAGGAACUUUUUAAGAGAUCAAUCCGGAAUACGAGAUCAAAUGAUUGCAUUGACAGAACUUUGUCAGCUGUUACUCCCCAAUCUCAGCGAGCACUUGAAUAAGUGUGAUUCCUCAAAUCUUUUUUUCUGUUUCCGAAUGCUACUUGUCUGGUUUAAGAGAGAAUUCGAAUUUAACGAAGUUUGCUCAAUUUGGGAAAUUUUCCUUACUGACUUUUAUUCCUCUCAGUUUCAGUUAUUUUUCAUGUUAGCCAUAUUGCAAAAGAACAGUCAGCCAGUAAUUCAAAAUUUGAACCAAUUCGAUCAAGUCCUAGAAUACUUCAAUGGACUACAUGGUACGAUGGACUGGAAUGAUUUGAUGACUAGAAGUGAACUUUUAUUUAUUCGCUUUAGGAAAGUUAUGAAUGUAAUGGAUAAGAAAAAAGAGUUGAAUGAAGAAAUUCCUAACUCCACUGGCACUCAGUCUUCCGGAAUUGAACUUCACGAACUUGAUGAAAAUGGCAAUGAGGAAUUAGUACAGUUACCAUCUACGAGUACAUAUUUGAGAAGCCUUUUGUCUAAGAAUAUCGUGAUUCAAAGGGAGGGACCAAGAACAAAAAAUUCUAUCAGAUAG